AUGUCGGACCCUUAUCACUACCAGCACGGUGCGGGGAACAACCCUCAGUACGGCGGAGGAUACCAACAGGGCUACUACCCACCGCAGCAGCAGUACUCGCAACAGGGCUACUAUCCACCCGCACAGUCCUACGCCCCGCAACAGAACUACCCUGCAUACUCCGCUCCUCCCUCUUACGAUCAGUCGUACGGACAACCGCAUCCACACGGCGGACACUACGCAGGAACCCCCGACUACUCCCAGAAUUCCCACCAUCCCGCCGAUCGCGGCCACUCCCCGUACCCUCAGCACCAACAGCCCCAGCAAGGCUCGAACGCUUCCUACUACGGCGCUCCGUCGAACGAAAAGUACUCUCAGACCGGACAGCAGCCAACAGGCCCUCCCGGACAGGCACAGGAAGGCGAGAGGGGCCUGGGAUCGACGUUACUGGGCGGUGCAGCUGGUGGUUUCUUGGGUAAGAAGAUAGGUGGAGGAUUGUUGGGAGCGACUGGAGGUGCGUUGGCUGGUGCUGCCGGAAUGAAUGUGGCCAGCAAGUUGCACAAGAAGCAUCACAAGAAACACGACAAGAAGCAUGACAAGAAGUACCACAAGAAGUAUGGUCGACGCGGAUCUCAUUCCAGUUCGAGCUCGUCGAGUUCCUCCUCUUCGUCGAGUGACAGUGACUAG